AUGGGGUCAAGAAAGAAUUGCUGUAGUAGUAUUAAUUAUGAUUACUCUUUCAAGAUACUGUUGAUUGGUGAUUCGGGUGUUGGAAAAAGUAGUCUUCUUCUUAGUUUCAUUUCAAACUGUCAGCAUUUUCCUCAGAACCUCUCUCCCACAAUUGGAGUGGACUUCAAGAUAAAGCUGCUAACAACUGGUGGAAAAAGACUAAAGCUAACAAUUUGGGAUACAGCGGGGCAGGAAAGGUUUGGAACACUAAUGAGUUCAUACUACAGAGGCACUCAUGGAAUCAUUCUUGUUUAUGAUGUAACAAGACGAGAGACGUUCACGAAUCUAUUGAAGGUAUGGGCCAAGGAACUAGAGCUUUACUCGACAAAUCCCGACUGUGUCAAGAUACUAGUUGGAAAUAAAGUUGAUAGGGAUAGUGAGAGGGCAGUUACUGUGGAGGAAGGAAUGGCUCUUGCUCAGAAGCACAACUGUUUAUUUCUCGAAUGCAGUGCUAGGACUAGAGAAAAUGUGCAGCAACUAUUUAAAGAGCUAACGAUGAAGAUCCUGGACAUACCUAGUCUACUGGAGAAAGGGUCUACGCCUGUGAAGAACCAAAUUUUGAAACAGAAACAAAGACUAAAUUCAUGGCAGGAUGGAGUUUCCGGCACAAACUGCCCAAUUAAAGCCGGGAGUAACUGGACUCGUGUAUUUCAAAGCAAAGAUCAGAUCGGAAACUUUACAUACUUCCCCUCCAUUAAUUUCCACAAGGUUUCUGGAGGAUAUGGACAGAUUCGCGUCAACAAUUGGAAUGUUUUUCUUGUGCCUUUCGCUAAACUGGAAGCCGAAUUUGAUCUUCUUAUUGGUGACUGGUUUGUAGCUGAUUGCAAGGAAAUUAGAUCACUGGUGAAAGAUAGUUGGGGUAUUCCUGAUGUGUUGCUGAUGAAUGGAAACAUUUAUCAAAUUAGAGUUUCAAAUGUGGGAAGUGUAUUCAGUUUCAACUUCAGAAUUCAAAAUCACAAGAUGGUGCUAGUUGAAACAGAAGGAUCAUACACAAACCAGAUUACAUUGGAUUCUCUUGAUGUGCAUGUUGGACACUCCUAUUCUGUUCUUGUUACUGCCAAUCAAGAUGAAGCUGAUUAUUACAUGGUGGCUAGUCCAAAAUUAUACGAUACCAUUAUCACAAAUUUGAAGCAAGCUGCACAGAGUGAUGCUCGGAUUGAGAGAUCUGUGAGAGAACAUUCAGCACUCAUGUCUAUUCUUCAUCGUCGUCCGCAUUCUACCAGCAUUUUGUUGUUGGGGAUGAAUAGAUGGAACUUGACUGCCAGAGCUGCAUGGCCUAAACGACAAGUCACGUUCAAUGUGUUGAACAUAACCUUAACACAGACCUUUAUCCUCCAUGGAUCGAAAGCUGAAAUUAAUGGCAGACUUCGCUAUGUAGUCAACAAUGUGUAUUAUUUGACUCCAGAUACGGCAUUAAAACUUGCUGACCACUUCAGAAAUGGCUUACCACACAUACUUGAGCUACGUAAACCAGUCCGUUCUGUCAACAAUGCUGCUACAUAUGGAACUUCUGUUGUAACGGGUGUUCAUAAAGGAUGGCUUGAAAUUGUGUUCAAGAAUGAUCAUGAAGUCAUGGAUUGUUGGCAUUUGGAUGGCUUUGGAUUUUAUGUUGCAAGAUUUGGCGAGGGAGAAUGGUCACCACAAUCUCACAAUACCUACAACCUCUAUGAUCCAGUUGUUUGUUUGACCAUUCAAGUGUAUCCUGAUAGGUGGACUGCUGUGUGUGCCUUCCUCGACAUUCCCGUUAUGUGGAAUUUGAGAUCACAAAAUUUACAGCUUUGGUACAAGGGGCAAGAACUAUAA